CAGCCUUCGACGUCGGCGCAGCAUUCAGAGAAACAAUAACGAUGGCUCCUACUGAUUCAGAAGGUCCCACUGGGCCUUAUAGGCUACUGACGGUGAACAACGCGCCUGCAAGGGCAAAGGUCCUAAUCGGUCGCGUGGUUAAUGAUCUUCAAGAUCGCUACAUUAUUGAACAUGUUGGAAACUGCACAUCUAAGGAUGAGCUCGAACCAAUGCUCACAGAACUGCGCCCUGAUAUUCUUUGCUGUGCUUCCAUGUGGACUCCGGCGGAGAGCUCGGAAAUGCAGGAGAAAGCAAGAUCAAUCCUCCCUGGUAUCAAAACACAUGCGAUCCCUCAAGGUUUACAAGUCAAUCAAGGACCAGAUGCGAUAGUUGCACAUCUGAAGGAGCAGUUUCCUAUUUUGUUGGGCUAGGUGACACACGGGCUGCCCACGUAUCUAAAGAGCAUAAAGUAUAAACGAAGGAUAUUGAGAGG